UUUUUUUUCUUCUUUAUUUUUUAUUUUAUUUUUUUUUAUUUUACUCCCUGAUACCUCAUACUCUUUUAUACCAUAUGAGAGAAUAUAAGCUUGUUGUUUUAGGCUCAGGCGGUGUAGGCAAAUCUGCUUUAACUGUCCAAUUCGUCCAAUCUAUUUUCGUGGAGAAAUAUGAUCCAACUAUUGAAGACUCUUAUAGAAAACAAGUUGAAGUAGACGGUCAACAGUGUAUGCUCGAGAUUCUGGACACAGCUGGUACAGAACAGUUUACAGCUAUGCGUGAUCUCUAUAUGAAGAACGGACAAGGCUUUAUUCUUGUGUUUUCUAUCAUAAGUCAGGUUACUCUGACUGACCUUAAUGAGAUUAGGGAGCAAAUUAUUCGAGUUAAAGGUUCAGAUAAUGUUCCUAUGGUAUUGGUUGGUAACAAGUGUGAUUUAGAAAGUGAAAGAGCUGUCUCUAGAGAAAAGGGUAUGUCUCUAUCACAACAGUGGGGAGGAAAGCCUUUUUAUGAAACCUCAGCUCGAUUCAAAAUCAAUGUUGAUGAAGUCUUUUAUGAUGUCGUAAGACAGAUCAACAAGCAAAACCCUUCAAAAGAUAAGACAAAGAAGAAGUUUAAGUGUCUUAUUCUUUAAAGCUCUAUAUUAUUAUUCUAUAUUAUUAUUACAUUUGUUACUAUUGAUAAUUCCCUUUUUAUAAAUUUAUUAUUCUAAAGAAUAAACAUGAUUUAAAGACA